AGUGGGCUAAAAUCAGUCACACCUUGACUUUCUUCCAAACAACGCACAUCUCAUAAUGUUAUGAAUGCAGACCUAUGAUUCCUGCACAUUUAAUUAACUGUGUGAAAUGGCUAAUAAAAAUAGGUGACAAAACGAUUAAGAGGUCACCCAGGUGAAUUGGUUUGGUCUUGACUGUGGUCGCGAGUGGAUCAUGGGAAUUUGUGGAUUGUUGUCGACUGUCGAGUGUCAAACUCGAUGGACAGAAAGCGGUCAAAGCCAUCAGGUGCCCAGUUCCGAAAAAAAAGAAAAGUAGAAGAGGAGAAACGAGCAAAGGAUAAAGGGGCACUUCUAAAAUACUUUGGAGCAUCCUCUGCCACUGCUCAAGAUGAGCCACCCACAACCCCUGUUUCACAGGAUGAGGAGGAGCCAUCAACCUCAUCAGCUGCACAGGCCUCUUCUGAGGUGGUCCCUGUCCUUGAGGAUGAGCACCAAUCCAUGUCUCCACAAACAUCUCCCUCUACGUCUGCUUCUCUUCAGCAUGAGCCUUCAGAAAUGCCUGGAGCUGAAUGCCCCACUGCUGAGGAGCCUCUGUCAACUGACCCUGCUAAAUGGCCUACACUUCUGACGGACAGGAUUCGGACUGAACUGGUUCGCAGAGGACCCUUGCUGGCUGAGGAGGAGCCCCAGCCUCGGUACCUGGAGGAUUCCCUGGAGAGGGUUGUGGGAGGUGAGGUGGCUCGCCCCAACUCCUGGCCCUGGCAGAUCUCUCUACAGUUCCAGUCUGGCAGCAACUACCACCACACCUGUGGAGGCUCCCUGAUCAGGAGGGGAUGGGUGAUGACUGCUGCCCACUGUGUGGACAGUCAGAGAACCUGGCGUGUUGUCGUGGGAGAACACAACCUCAACAGCAACGAGGGCCGUGAGCAGUACGUCUCUGUCAGCCGUGUGUACAUCCACCCCAACUGGAACCGCAACCAGAUCUCCAACGGAUAUGACAUUGCCCUGCUGCGUCUCUCUAAUGAGGUCACUCUGAACAACUAUGUGCAGCUGGCCAACCUGCCCCCCUCUGGCCAGGUUCUGAACCACAACCACCCGUGCUACAUCUCUGGAUGGGGACGCACCACCACUGGUGGUAACCUCUCUGCCCAGCUGAAGCAGGCCUACCUGCCCGUGGUUGACCAUAAUACCUGCUCCAGCAGCGGCUGGUGGGGUAACAGCGUGAGGAACACCAUGGUGUGUGCUGGAGGCGGAAAAGACUCUGGCUGCCAGGGAGACUCCGGUGGCCCUCUGAACUGUCAGCUGAGCGGCAGGUACUACGUCCACGGAGUGACCAGCUUUGUCUCAGCCAGAGCCUGCAAUGAGAGCCGCAAGCCCACCGUCUUUACUCGCGUGUCCGCCUAUAUCGGCUGGAUGGAGAACAUCAUGGGUUAAGAUCCUGAGGGAUAUCUGAGCAGAACGUGACAGAAUGGCAAGGCUUCAAUCAUCACGGUCAGCUCUGUCACCACUCCAUCCAGACAAUAAAGUUUACUUAUAAACAAACAAA